CCUCCUCCUCCCUGCACCUCGCCAGCCCGGGAGUCGCAGGAGGACGGGGCGCGGCUUCCCGAGCGCCGGGCCUGGUUCUCCCGGCGGCGGCAGCUGCGCCCUGGGGGCGGGGAGGGAGCGCAGAGGGACCGGGCGAAGGGGCAGUGGGCGCCCCGGCCUCGCAGCGCGGCUUCAAGUUUCCACCGGCGCGCGGUUGUGCAACAGCGAGAGGAGCGGGAGCCGCGGGCGCCGCGGAAAACAGGCCGAGCCCAUAAACAAAGCCACGUGGCCUCCGGGCCGGGGGGGCGGGCUGAGAGCAGGAGGCUCUUCCGGCAACAAAGAGCCGCGGCCAGCGGCCCGGGAUAAAUACUGCCGCCCGGACCGCGGCGCAGCGCUCCAGCGAGCCCCGCGCGCCCGGCGACCCUCCUCAGCGCCCUCUGCGAGCGCAGGUACCCCGUGCCGCACCGCCCCCCCCAACCCGCAGCCCUCCGCGCCAGCUCCCUGCAGCCGCCCCCCUCGCCGACCCCAGCAUCCGGAGCAUCCGCCCAGGGCGGCGCGUCCCCGAGGCCUCCGGGCCGGUCCAGUCCAUCAGCCGGUCGCGUCCGCUCGCGGUGCCAUGCCAUUCCUCGGGCAGGACUGGCGGUCGCCCGGGCAGAGCUGGGUGAAGACGGCCGAUGGCUGGAAGCGCUUCCUGGAUGAGAAGAGUGGCAGCUUCGUGAGCGACCUCAGCAGUUACUGUAACAAGGAAGUAUACAAUAAGGAGAAUCUUUUCAACAGCCUGAAUUAUGAUGUUGCAGCCAAGAAGAGAAAGAAGGACAUGCUGAAUAGCAAAACCAAAACUCAAUAUUUCCACCAAGAAAAAUGGAUCUAUGUUCACAAAGGAAGCACUAAAGAGCGCCAUGGAUAUUGUACGUUGGGGGAAGCUUUCAACAGGCUAGACUUCUCAACUGCCAUUCUGGAUUCCAGAAGAUUUAACUACGUCGUACGGCUGUUGGAACUGAUAGCAAAGUCACAGCUCACAUCCCUGAGUGGCAUCGCCCAAAAGAACUUCAUGAACAUUUUGGAAAAAGUGGUACUGAAAGUCCUUGAAGACCAGCAAAACAUUAGACUAAUAAGGGAACUGCUCCAGACCCUCUACACGUCCUUAUGUACACUGGUCCAAAGAGUCGGCAAGUCUGUGCUGGUCGGGAACAUUAACAUGUGGGUGUAUCGGAUGGAGACGAUUCUCCACUGGCAGCAGCAGCUGAACAACAUCCAGAUUACCAGGCCUGCCUUCAAAGGCCUCACCUUCACUGACCUGCCUUUGUGCUUACAACUGAACAUCAUGCAGAGGCUGAGUGACGGGCGUGACCUGGUCAGCCUGGGCCAGGCGGCCCUCAACCUGCACGCGCUCAGCGAGGACCGGCUGCUAUGGAAGAAGCUGUGCCAGUACCACUUCUCCGAGCGGCAGAUCCGCAAGCGAUUAAUUUUGUCAGACAAAGGACAACUGGAUUGGAAGAAGAUGUAUUUUAAACUCGUGCGAUGUUACCCACGGAAGGAGCAGUAUGGAGACACCCUUCAGCUUUGCAGACACUGUCACAUUCUUUCCUGGAAGGGCACUGACCACCCGUGCACAGCCAAUAACCCAGAGAGCUGCUCCGUUUCACUUUCACCCCAGGACUUUAUCAACUUGUUCAAGUUCUGAAUCCCAGCACAUGACAGCACUUCAGAAGCGUUCCCCUGCUGAUUGGAUGGUUGGGAAUACAGAGUUUGGACACUUCAUUUGUAAAUAGUGUACAUUUUAAACAUUGGCUCGAAACUUCUGAGACAAGUCAUUGAGAGGACAUUGGAGGGGAAAGCUGCAGUCGCUGGCUGGGAAUUUAAGAAUAUGGACUUCUCAUUAGAAUUGGUAUGGAAAAGCAGAGAUACUGUAAAUAAACUUUUUUUCCUAACGAUUUGCCAGCAAGACUAUAAGGGCAGGAAUUCUACUUCGUCAAUGAAAACAGAAUUCUCUUAGUGUUCACUCACACUCCUUUAUAGUACCCUAGAGAUGUGGAAGAAAAAGGCAAAACUCGAAUACAAGGUAGAACCUUCUUUGUUUACAAUGUGAAAAAUUGUU